CUAGAAGACAAACCAUUUAUCAUAACUGCCCUCACCGAUUAUCACAACAACACACAAUGAACGCGUUCACCGCGAGACAAGUUGUUGUCAGCCGGCCCGUUUCCAAAUUUAGCACCACAUUGCUAGUGUUGCCCUGUGUCAAGGCACGGUUGGGCGUCAGGUUGCAGGCGUCUUCAAAACCUGAUGGCACGGACAGGACGGCGCCCAACGAGGCGCCCGACGUCGGCGAGCUGGCCAAAGCUGCACUUGUAGAUACGAUGAAGGGAGAGAAAAUGACGGCAAAAGAUGUGCUUGGCGAGGGCACUCUGAACCAACUCCGGCGAGCCCUGGGCGAGGAGCGUGCAGGCAGCUUCGAGGGGGCGCUGGAUGCGCUGCUGGCCAACCGGCGCCUGGCCACCCUUUUGUUCGCGGUGCUGGACGUGGCGCUGAUCGUCGUCGCAGUGAAGCUCUUCCGCUCCGCAGUGAGCCAGGAUUGAGUGACAGGCACCGAUUCAGGCACAUGUGUUUUGCCAUCUUGUAUUCAGCCUUGAGUUAGGGACUGUUGCGCCUCUUGCGUGUCGGCUGAUGCCUUUGCUUGUUGCUGCCCAGAGGAAUAACUAAUUUUGGCCACUCAAAGCUGGUUAAUGUGUAGGUUGUGGCAUGCGGCGACAUGCUGUAGGACGGCUCAGUCCCGCAGCCUCCAUGCCCGUGUAUUGUUACCGGUGUUCGUUGCGUGCUGUGAAUUCGUGCGCCUGGUUGCUUGCCGAUUGGUUUCAAGAUGGCUUGUCGUGUGCAUGCUGCGUUCCUGGACCACGCCAACAAACUAUAGGCCUAGAACGCCCCUCUAUUGGAGGUUUGGAUACGGCAGUUGGUGCAAGCUCUGGGCGCAGUUUGCAUGGGGUAGUCCUUGGAAAGAAUGAGUGAGCCACUGAGCUGCCGUUGUUUGGGUGUUGCCGCUAUUUGGAUGGCCAGGAAUGCACUAUACUAGCAACGGGUAGACGGCCACGUUAGUGCACACAUGCAGCCACCGCACCAUGCGCGGUGGCGUGGUCCAUGGCAAGGUCUAGGGGUCCCCUGGCGUGGCUGACAAAGGAUGUAUACUCGUUGACAGACUGCAGUCAGUUGUGUGGGCUUUGGUUAACACGUGACUAUAUGCUGCAGUCAAUGGUCAACCUUCGUCGUCUGAGUGCGUACAAGCGCUGGACAAAAGAGGCUGGGUCCAUGGUGGUUGCUCGGUAUCGCUGACAUGGGAGCGCCGAACCGUAUCUGGGAAGCGCGUGUGAGCAGGAUUGAGCUGUUCAAUGUCGCAGAUAGGACGUGGCCGGAGGUGUUAUGCGGUUUAGAUGGCUUUCAUGCUGGGCGUCGCUGGGCGCCUGGCCGCUGGGCGCCGGGCCGGCCGGCACGCGCUGCGCCAGCAUGGGAUCUCAUGCUGCGCAGCCUGUGAGCAUGUAGAUCCCGACCGGUGC